AUAAAGCUUUUUUCGAAAAGGAAGGCAAAGCCUCCCUCGCCAUAUAGUUCUUGCUAGUUCACUUGACUGUGUUGAUCAAGAGUGUAGGAUGGACUGGAAACCUACGGUGAUGAUGAUAGCGGUGGUGAUCAUGUAUGCGGUGUUGAAUCUGCUCACGAAGAUGGCUUUCAAUGAAGGGAUGCACACCACUGUCUUCAUCGUCCUCCGCCUGCUCGUCGCCGCGCUCUUCCUCUCCCCGAUCGCAUACUUCAAAGAGAGGAAGAGUAGACCUAAGCUGACCAUGGAGAUAUUCGUCUACCUCUUCUUCAGUGCCUUGCUCGGAGCCUCUCUGAUCCAGUGGCUCUUCUUCCUUGGCCUGCGGUACACGACCGCCACGUUCGCGAGCGCCUUCAACAACACGACCCCCAUGUUCACUUUCCUCCUCGCACUCGCCUUCAAGGUUGAGAAGAUCGAUGUUGCCAGCCGCUCCGGCGCAGCGAAGCUCACCGGCACGGCCGUGGGGCUGGCCGGAGCGGCGGUGCUGGCACUCUACCAUGGCCCGACCCUGAUGGGAGCGCCGUCGGGGGACCACAUGGACUCCACAGCCACCCACGGCGGUGCGCGGAGGUGGGCGGUGGGCUCGGUGGCGCUGCUGGGCUUCUCGGCGAGCUGGUCGUUGUGGUUCAUCCUACAGUCCAAGAUCGGGACAAAGUACCCGGCGCUCUACUCCGGCACAGCGUGGAUGUUCGUGCUCAGCUUCAUCCAGAUGGCCACAGUCGGGGCUGCCGCCGAGAAGAUGAACUUGCAGAUCUGGGUCCCACGCACGGCGCUCCAGGCUGUGUCCGUGGUAUUUGCUGGCGUGGGGUCGUCCGGGCUGGGGUUCCUGGUCAUGUCAUGGUGUGUGGAGCGGCGAGGGCCUGUGUUCACCACCGCCUUCAUGCCGCUAAUCCAGAUCGUCACGGCCGGGCUCGAUGUCACCGUCCUCCAUGAGCAGCUCCACCUCGGGAGCGUUGUCGGGUCGGCGGUCGUGGUCGUGGGGCUCUACUUGGUCCUGUGGGGAAAGAGCAACGAGGCGAGCAUCGGAUCCAAACUCCCUGCGUGACCGCACCCAGUGGCGGAGCUAGGCAAGGUUGGGGUACUGGUGUUGGAGUAGUACUAGUACUACGCAAUCAUGACCGUGAAUCGGCAUGGGACGGAAUUAAUUAAACGAUGAGCAUUUCUUUUCAAGUGUUUUCGCUUUUCAGCACAAUAUAUAUAAGUACAGUACCAUAAGAGCACACGCACACCAGUGAGCUAGCUAGGUAUCUGAUAGCAAGAAAAAAAACAGGUAUCGCAUAGCAUACCGAGAGACUAUGUUGAAAUAUACUUCCCGCCUUCCUCCAUCAAUUCAGACUUUCGAAUGAGUUGAUCGGUGCAAGCAUUCAGAG